AUUUCCUUGGAACAGCGGAGGGCUUUCUCUACCUUCUGUAACAGCGGCGGCCUCUCCUCUCUUAGAAUUCACUUUACCUGACUUUCUGUUACACAGUGUUUGAAGCCAUGGCUUUGACCCUGCAUUCAUCGGCUACAAACAAGAAUGCAUUCAAAGCACUUAUUGCUGCAGAGUAUACUGGUGUAAAAGUAGAUCUGGUGAAAGACUUCCAGAUCGGUGUAUCAAACAAGACUCCUGAGUUUCUUGAGAUGAAUCCCAUCGGAAAGGUUCCUGUGCUUGAAACGUCUGAUGGUACGGUAUUUGAGAGCAAUGCCAUUGCACGCUACGUUGCUAAGUUGAAGCCUGACAAUCACCUCUUUGGAUCUUCAUUGAUUGAUUAUGCCCAUGUUGAGCAGUGGAAUGACUUUUCGGAAACUGAGAUCGAUGCAAACACAGGUCGAUGGUUGUACCUCCGACUUGGAUUUGGUGUACAUUUGCCACCGGCUGAGGAGAUUGCAGUACAUGCAUUGAAGAGAGCCCUUGAAGCCUUAAGCACCCAUCUUGCAUCUAACACUUACUUAGUUGGGCAUUCUAUCACAUUAGCUGACAUUGUUAUGACCUGCAACCUUAGUGUUGGAUUUAAGCUCAUCAUGACAAAGUCCUUCACUAAGGACUUCCCUCAUGUGGAGAGAUAUUUCUGGACUAUGGUUAACCAGCCAAAUUUUUCCAAAAACUUGGGUGAUAUUAAACAAGCAGAAUUUGUUCCACCUCCGCCAUCAAAGAAGCCCGCUGCACAGGCUAAGGAGUCUGCAAAACCAAUAGAAGAACCGAAGAAAGAAGAAGCAAAACCUAAGGAAGAAGGGGUGGAAGAAGAGGCACCCAAGCCAAAGCCAAAGAACCCUCUUGAUCUUUUGCCUCCAAGCAAAAUGGUUUUGGAUGACUGGAGGAGACUCUACUCUAAUACUAAAAAAAACUUCCGUGAGGUUGCCACUAAAGGUUUUUGGGACAUGUAUGAUCCUGAGGGAUACUCUCUUUGGUUCUGCGAUUACAAAUACAAUGAUGAGAAUACAGUCUCUUUUGUAACUUUGAAUAAAGUAGGCGGUUUCCUUCAGAGGAUGGAUUUAGCACGGAAGUAUGCUUUUGGUAAGAUGUUGGUGAUUGGUUCGCAGCCCCCAUUCAAAGUCAAGGGGUUGUGGCUCUUUCGAGGCAAAGAAGUUCCUAAGUUUCUAAUGGAUGAAGUGUACGACAUGGAACUGUAUGAGUGGAAGGAGGUUGACAUCGAUGAUGAAGCUCAGAAAGAGCGGGUCAACCAGAUGAUUGAAGAUCAGGAGCCUUUUGAAGGAGAGGCUCUUCUGGAUGCAAAGUGCUUCAAGUGAGUAUUGACCCG